AUGGCUUCCCGGGCGCCGCCUUCGGAGGAGGAGAUCUCGCAAGUCAUUGAUUUCGCGGGUCUCAAUCCUCAUGAUGACCGAAUCAUGGUCAUCCAGGCGCUCAAGGAGAAUGGCAGAAAUGUCGAAGCGGUCGUCAUGCAAUACUUCGAUAACCCAGAAUCGUUUCGUCAAAAGUUCACACAGCUAUGGAACGACAACAUGUUUUCGGCAGAUCGUGAUGGCACGGUAAAUCAUACAACGGGUAUUUCGUUCCAUAUCGAGUCUGUAAAUCAAAACGAUGUCAUCCGAGGCAUCACACCACCGCCCGAUGCCUAUGGAUCGACAGCCCCGUCAAGACCACCCUCGAGGACAGAUAACCGAUCGCCCCUGGGCAGAAUGGUGGACUGGCAAGCAGCCGAUGCGCCGACUGCCUCGAUUGGGCCCUCGCGAGAGGACGAAGACAUGCAGAGAGCGCUACGAGAAUCUGCCCAAGAAGCCGGAAUUGGCUUAUUGGACCAACAUACCGGGGUGAUGGAUGCGUCGACAUCGUCCUUGCCCACCUUUGGUCCCGCCAACCGCGACGAGUACGAUCAGGAAAGUUGGGCAAUGGUCCCAAGCGCACCCCCAGAAUCCAGGGCGCCCACAGCACCGCCACCGUCUCGGCGGAAAAGAACACCUGGAGCCCCGGCUUUCUUGAUACAAGGCGUAAGCUCAGUGGGGAACCACGGGCUCGGAGGCAUGCUCACCGUAUUGCACGAGAUUCCGCUUGCGAGAAACGCAUUGCUCGAGGUGGGCGCUCCUGCAGCGUCGUAUGGCUUCAACAGCGAAUGGUGGAAGGGUCAAGAGAUCUUGCCACCCCAUGUGCUUGCUCGGCUUCAGGCAGGCGACCUGCAGUGGGGCCAACAAAGCGAGGCAAAGCCUGACAUGGAAGAGGAGAUCCAUCGGCUCAUGGCAUUCCUGGAUUCCACCGACCGAAGUUACGGCUCAGUGAGCGUGCUGACCGAUUUGCUGCCAUGCCCAAGCCUGGGACCUGAGAAGCAACUGUACGAGUACUUGGGGCCUAGAAACGAAGAGAAACUAAAGCCAUUGAUCCAUUCGGCGGUGCUGGCACCGGUUAUUGGAGAUGAGCUGGGAGACGAGGAGGCUAGGUUUGGGCUCCUGGAAAUGGAGCACCUCCGCGGCGACUACAGCUACAUCAAGACCAUGUACGAGUCUCUGGACCACACCAUGUGGAGCGAUGCUUUCUCAUACAACGAAAUACACGAGGGCUCAAAGAUGGCCAUGUUCAAGGACAUGGGCGAAGUUUUAGCCAUCAAGCUGAAUGGAGACGGGCCUGAGGAUUCCAUUGAUAUUCCCGAGAAGCUGUAUUUGGAAAAGUAUCAGACAAACCGCAAAGACGAAGCCCGACGUAUACAGGCGGCAUGGUGUGAAACGAAGUCGGCCAUUGCAGAUAUUGCCAAACAGGAGCAGAAACUGUACGAAUGGCGGAACGACUGGAACGACGACGUCUUUGACCGUAAACAGAUGAUACAAAGGGCCAUCGGCCAGUGGCAAGCAUACCGCGAUUACUUGCAAUCAUUGGGCCGAUUCCGACAAAUGGAGGCGUCAGGGUUCGACACAGACAAGUACCCGGACUAUCGUAUGGCGCCAUGCGUGAUACCUGAGGACAUGGAGGAAAGGUGCAGGACGGUGGAGGAUACACUGCAACUCAACGAGCGCAUGCUUGGCGAUAUGGAAGCGAAAAUGAAGGAGCUUACGGCCCAACAGGAGCAGAUCAAGGUUAGGCAACGCUUUCUCGGCCAGCUGCUGACGCAGCCGGACAAGGCGGGUAGACCACGGCCCAUGACGUGCAAAGAGUUUCUACUGCGGGGAGUCGUGACGCAGUCGGACAUGGUAUACGUCUGUCAGCGAGCUGAGCCAGACUUGAUUGAGCUGGGAAACCAAGCCCGAGGCAAAGAAUGCGACCAAUGGUGGAGACUGGCUUACAACGCCAACGAUGGGCAAGAAGUGAAAACCGAGAAAGUCGAGAUGGAGCGUGUGCUCAGGGAGGUAUGGCACGAGACGAAGGCGCCCCUAAUGAUAUAUGCCACGGAAGCAGCGCUCGAUGCCGCCCGCACAACGUUGUCGGCACCCCUGCAACGAUUCGUGCGCGCGGACAACAAGGCGUUUCAGCAAGAACUAAAUCAAGAGAUGGUGGAUACGAGCGAGAAUGAGAUCAAGCCAACGACGGGCCUCAUGGAACCCAUGUCGCCUACCAAGAGAAAGCAUAGGGCCGACAGCGUAGAUUCCAUGGACAGCAACAGGGCCUCGAUAGGGAGCGACGACGGCCGAAGUGGGUUCGAUAACCCGUUUGAGGACAGCCAAACAUCGUCGGCCACCAUGACGGCGACGGGCACGCCGGCGGCAACGGCGGUCGCCGAUUGUAGUAUAGAUGCGGGGCCGAAAUUCCUUGGUAGUAUAGACAGAUGA